AUGGAUUUGCUAGAAUCAGUGAAUGACUAUAACGUUCUCAUGCAUAUGAUCGCUUCUACGAAGGCAGGAGCUAGCGCAGGUUUGAAUUUAUUCUCAAACUCGUGAAAAGACUCCAGUUUAUAAGCGAAUGCAUUAUUUUUCUUCAGAGAACGUCUGUCCAUAUUGUAUGGUUUUACAUCCAAACGCGAUGCAAUGCCGUCAGCACGUCGAAAUUUUCCACCCAAAGCUUCCUUAUCGACCUUUUCAAGACGGCAUCGAUGGAACUUUCGAACAAGUAGUCCUACAAAAUACUGGUUAGUUUGAUAUUUCUUCGAAGGCUGCUUGACCGUUUUGCUUGACGAUUCUAAUGAUAAAAUUCCAUGCUCUAGGCUUCUGAUUGUAGAUUUUGCGAGUUGAGAAAAGAAGAUCAGAAAUUGCCUUUCUAGGUGAACCGCUGCAGCAAUUACAAGAUUGCUUUCCGCAAAAAAGCAGAUACAGUUAAUAUGUUUUAUUUUCUCAGAAAAGUAUUGACAUUGAAGGGAGUGAAGUGGCGGUCCGAUCGCGCGAGAAUAUCAUCAAUUCCGUUCUUCAGAGUCCUUCGUUGACUCGAGGUAAUUGGAAAAAGUUAGCCUUAUUUUUUUCAUUGCAUAUAUUUUGAUUCAUUUCUUAUAGUAGUGGCUGGAAUUUUUUUUUAUGUACAAGAAAAAUUCCAAAGUUUAACAAAAAUAUCAUUUUUUUUUUCAAACUGACCAAUAGACUCGUUAAUUAACUACCUGCGAAAAUAAUAUUUUUCAAGAUCUAACGACUCGAAAAUCUUCCCCCAAUGAAAGAAACUAAGAUUUGAAGCUUAUUUUUUUCUUGAAACUUUUUUUGAGACUUAGCAAUUCAUCGAGCCAAAAAAAUGUUUCAGAAAAACUGGAUUUAUAGGUACUUUCCUUUAAAAAAAUUUCAUAAUGUAUUUUUAUCUGAAAUCGAAAGUUUUUCUUCCGAAAUUUGAAGAUUGCGUUUGUCCGUACUGUUUCCUGAUCAGCUCGAGGAGGGACAACACGAGGUCCCACAUCAAAAGAUGUCAUCCAGACAAAGACGUCCGCGUUUUCGUUGUCAAUUCCGACGCGACUCUUGACGACGUUCGCAAAUUCAAUGAAAACAAAAAAGGUUUUGUGAUGAAAGGGAAGCUUCUCUGAAAAACAAGUAUCAGGUCGAGGAAUCGGCUUCGACAGCGGGAAGCCGUUGGUCCGACGGGCGCGUGGAAGGAGAGCCAGCAUGGGUACUAUCGCCACUGGAAUCUCUCCUCAGAGCAGCCGCAUUUCCAUUUUCGGUCAUUCAUUAUCUUUUUAUCAACUUUCUCAGUUGUAAAUGAAGUUUGAUGUGAUAAGAAAAAAGGAAACUAUAAAAAAGGGGAAAUAUAAUUUUCUAACUGUUUUAGAAUUACAUUUUAAGAACAUGUAUUAGAGCUUUCCUUGUUUUUUAUUUUUUUCCAAUAUGCUGUUUUGUAAAACACUCGAUUUUCUGGCCAGUAAUGCUUUGUACAAGGUGAUUACCACGAAAUUCAAAGUUAUCUCUGGCUUUCAAAAAUUCAGGUAUCUUUUUCCCUAUCUGACGACUAUUUUGAAUUUCGCGGAAUCACUUUGAACACGGCAAGAAGUGGAAAAGGUCCUACUCUUCAUUCAAUGACUUCAUCUAUUGAAUGGUUCAAAUUCCGAUAUCUUGAAGUUUAUUUACUUUUCCGUAAUUUAAUGCGGAGGGCCCAGGUUUUGUUACGACUUACUCGGAAUGAGUUUCAGAUCGAAAAAGCGAAGAUGAUGUGGCGGGUCUGACGUCGAUUGUCAACGCGAUCGCGCCAAAUAUAAUGAUGCCGAAGUUGGAGGAGGAUUUUCACGAAGACAUCGCUUCUCAUCACAGCGAGUCCGACUCUUCCAGAAACUCUUCGAUCGACAAAUCCGUCUUUGGUUCGUUUUUUUGAUUUCAAGAAAGCUGAAGCUUUCCUGAUAACUACUCUCAAGAGUAGAAAAAAAUUAAUAGUUAAGUUUGUUGUAGUUUUUGACUGUAAAAAGAAGAAAAAUACAUCAAGGUUUUCCAUUUUGUGACUUUUUUUGUUUGUAGAACAUCGGAAUAAAAUAAAAAUUUGUUGAUUUCUUUUCAAAGCAAUGAGUCUUUUCGCGAGCUUCACAGUAAGUACGUUUCAAAUAAUCCCAACCAGCCUUUUCUGAGCAGACUAUAGAGAAGACUCUUGGUCAUUUUGGACCACCCUACGAGGGAAAACGGAAAAAAAGCGGUCGAGUGGGGCUAAAGUUCAGGUUUUUUCCCGUUUGUUUGUUUAAAACGAACACUUGGGUAGGAUGGGUCAACUUCAGUGAAACAAACGAAGAUUUGAAUGACUUUUGAACCCAGCAACCAAAAAGUCCGAACAAAAUUUGACGCCACUCCGCUGUAUUUUUCAGCAGUUUUGUAGAGCAAAAGUCUGUAUUUACGGUAGAUUUUUAUCGACUGUCCUCCUAAAACGUAAAUGUUUCGCGCGGAGUGCACUACAUGUUUGAACUUUCUCUUUGAAAACUGAAAAUCUUAUUAAAACACAUCAAUUUCUUCUAAUCCUACUUUUUCAUUGACUAGCAGCACAACUUUAUUUAGGAUUUGAAGAGCAGCAAUUGGCGGAAACGGCCAACGGACAAGGCGGCGCUCCGUUCGGCUGUGUCCAGUGCAGCUGCUCUUUUGAACUGGCCGAAGUGCUGGAGAAACACGUCGCGACUGUCCACCGGACCCUCUACCGCUGCAAUCUCUGCCUCGCCGAGUUCGUCAAAGUCUACCAUCUCUCGCAGCACGUCAGCUGCUCCCAUCCCAAUAAAACUGACCUUUCCUGA